AUGUUCUCCGCGCGAUGCGCCCGGGCGGGAGCGAGGACGAGCGCGCGCGAGGCGGUGGGGGGGCGACGAGGAUGGAUUCCGCGCGAGGGCGCGGCGGCGUGGACGCGCGCGCGAACGACCGGCGCGCGCGCCGUGAGCGAUGGACGCGAGCUCGACGACGCGGCGAAGGCGAAGAAAGAGCGAGAGUACGCGGUGAAGUGGACGGGAUCACCGGCGGGGGACGAGGACGGGAGGGCGGACGCGGAGCGGACGCGGAGCGGGGACGACGCGAGCGCGCGAGGGGAGAGCUGUUUGCUCGGAGAUGGAAUCUGGAUGCGUCUGCGCGAGGAGGCGAAGAGCGACAUCGAUGGUGAACCGGCGCUGGCGAGUUACCUGUACUCCACCGUGCUCGCGCACAGGAGCAUCGAGGACGUGUUGGCUUUCGUGUUGGCGAACAAGCUGCGGAACAACGUCUUGCUCGAUUCGCAAUUGCUCGAGCUCUUCAGUUCGCAGUACAAAAAGUAUCCCGAGCUCGGAAAGAUGUGCCUUGCGGACAUGCAGGCGGUGUUCGAGCGCGAUCCCGCGUGCGACCGGUACCUGUGCGUCGUGCUCUUCUUCAAGGGGUUCCAAGCGAUUCAGGCGCAGCGCGUCGCGCACUCGCUGUGGCUAGAGGAUCGCAAGGCGCUCAGUUUUCUGUUGCAGAAUCGCAUAUCCGAGGUGUUCCACGUCGACAUCCACCCAGGGGCGGUGCUGGGCAAGGGAAUGAUGAUGGAUCACGCCACGGGCGUCGUCAUCGGCGAGACAGCCGUCGUGGGCGAAAACGUCUCGAUUCUGCACGGCGUCACCCUCGGCGGUACGGGGACGAACAAAGGCGAUCGUCACCCGAAGAUCGGCGACGGCGUCGUCAUCGGGGCUAACGUCACCAUUCUGGGUCCCAUACAUGUCGGAAGCGACAGUAAAAUUGGCGCCGGUUCCGUCGUCUUGGACAACAUUCCCGACGGCUCCACCGCCGUCGGCAUCCCGGCCAAGGUUAUCAAUCGCAGCUCGCCGCAGCAAUCCCAGCCGUCGCUUUCGAUGGAUCAAACGUCGUAUAUCACCGAUUACUUCAUCUGA